AUGUCGAUCGGCAAUGCAACCGACCCAGCCCAUCGAGACCGGCCCACAGGAAAAUUUACGGAACCAUUGGAUUUAGGACCUCCAACAAUAGUAUGUGAACAUUGUGGAGCUCAACUUUGGUAUGAAGAGAGAACUGUAAAGUCAAAAACGCCUACAAAACCAAAGUUUAGUUUGUGUUGUUCUGAAGGAAGAGUUGAACUCCCUCUAUUGAAAGAACCUCCACCCUUUCUUGGAAACUUACUCAAUAUUAAUAGUGAUCAGAGAUCAAUAAACUUUCAACUAGGGAUAAGAAUCUACAACUCUCUCUUUGCUUUCACUUCUUUGGGGGGUAAUGUUGAUAGAUCAGUGAAUAAUGGUUCUGGUCCAUAUGUGUUUCGUGUAAAUGGUCAAACUCAUCAUAGAAUUGGAUCACUUCUUCCUGUCCAUGGCCAAAAACCUAAGUAUGCACAGCUUUAUAUUUAUGAAACUGAUAAUGAUGUUAAAAAUAGAAUUGAUGCAGUUAUACGUGAAGAUGAUAGAAAUUAUGUGGAUCCAGAUAUUGUUACCGGGUUGAUGGAAAUGUUAGACCAGUGCAACCAAUUGGUUAAAUGUUUUAGAAUGGUCAGGGAUAGAUUUGAUGAAUCAGAUAUACAUAAUGUCAGAAUUCGUUUAAUACGAAGUCGCAAUUCUGGUGAAAGGCAAUAUGACUUACCUGUAACGUUUGAGAUAGCUGCUCUUAUUGUUGGAGAUUUUAAUAUUGAAAGUUUUGAUAGAGAUAUUAUUGUUGAGAAUCGAAGUUUAGGAUUGCAACGUAUAAAUGGAACUCAUCCAAGCUUUAUGGCAUUGCAAUAUCCAUUACUUUUUCCGUAUGGUGAGGAUGGGUAUAUGCUUGGUAUACCUUAUAGGAAUUUGAAUGGGAGCAAUUCUAGAAAAAGGGAAUCAAUAACAAUGAGAGAAUACAAUACUUAUAGGCUUCAACAACGCUUUCAUGAGGGCAAGACAUUGUUGCUUGAUCCCAUUACUGUAGGCAAACGAAUAGUCCUACCAUCCUCAUUUACUGGAAGUCCAAGGUACAUGGUUCAAAAUUAUCAAGAUGCAAUAGCGAUAUGUAGAUGGGCAGGUUACCCAGAUUUAUUUCUUACAUUUACUUGCAAUCCAAAAUGGCCAGAAAUCAAUCAUUCCUUAGAAUUUAUAGAAGGCUUGAAAUAUGAGGAUCGACUAGAUAUUGUAGCAAGGGUUUUUAAGAUAAAAUUAGAUGAACUAUUACAUGAUUUGAGGCAUAAAUCUCAUUUCGGAAGAGUUAUUGCUAUUGUGUGUACAAUUGAAUUCCAAAAAAGAGGACUCCCACAUGCACAUAUUCUUCUAUUCUUGGAUCCAAAGGAUAAGUGUCCAAGUCCAACAGACAUUGAUGGUAUCAUUAUGGCUGAGAUACCAGAUCCAGAUGAGGAUCUUGUUGCUAAUGAAGCUGUAAAACAAUUUAUGAUGCAUGGGCCAUGUGGAUCUGCAAAUCCGAAAUCACCGUGCAUGAUGAAUGGUAAAUGUACAAAACAUUUUCCGAAAAGAUUUUAUGAAGAAACAACAAUUGAUGAAGAAGGCUUUCCAGUAUAUAGAAGGAGAAAUGAUGGAAAAACAAUAGAGAAGAACGGAAUUCUUUUGGAUAACCGAUAUGUUGUACCUUAUAAUGUAGAUCUUUUGGUGAAGUACCAAUCCCAUUUGAAUGUAGAAUGGUGUAAUAGAUCUCGAUCAAUCAAAUAUUUGUAUAAAUAUAUAAAUAAGGGAUCAGAUAGAGCAACAGUUGUUGUAGAAGAGAAUUUACCAAAUAUUGGGAGUGAUGGACAAGAGAUCGAAAUUGUUGUUGAUGAGACAAAAGCAUACUUGGAUUGUAGAUAUAUUUCAGCUUCUGAAUCAUGUUGGAGAAUAUUUGAAUUUCCAAUUCAGUUUCGAUAUCCACCUGUUGAAAGAUUAAAUUUUCAUUUGGAAGACGAACAUCCCAUCAUUUAG